AUGGACAAAGUCGCCAAACAGCUGGACAAAGGAACUGACAUCAAUGUUCAGGACUGCAUGGGUGAGACGCCAUUGUUCUGGGCGGUGACGGGAGAGGCCGUCGACUAUUUGGUUCGCGAGGGAGCAGAGAUUGAGCACCGGAACUCGUUGUGCGGCUGCUCUGCUUUCUACAAGUUUGCCAGCCAGGGCCAACACAAGACUUUGAAGGCCUUGGCCAGGCAUCUAAAGAAGGCCGGUGUAUUGGACAAGUACGUAGAUGAAGCAUCUUCCAUUACUCAGAGGAGCCCGCUGCACGCAGCGGCGCACAAUGGCUUCGUGCAUACGGUGAAAGAGCUUCUGUCGAUGGGGGCAGACAAGGACAUGCAGGACUACUUGGGCAAGACUGCCCUGGAUCUAGCCCGAAACCGUGGCUUCGAGGAGGUUCUCCGAUGUUAG